CCAUGAAUUUGUGAGGCAACAAGUUGUAAAUCAGCUUAAGUCUUGUCCAGAGAUAUAUGAAGGAUAUGUUCCCAUGGCUUACACUGACUACCUGGAGAAAAUGUCUAGGAGUGGUGAAUGGGGUGAUCAUGUCACCUUGCAGGCUGCUGCUGAUUCGUAUGGUGUUAAAAUAUUUGUCAUAACAUCUUUCAAAGACACAUGCUACAUUGAGAUUCUUCCAAAUGUCCAAAGGUCAAAACGAGUAAUUUUUUUAAGCUUCUGGGCUGAAGUGCACUACAACUCAAUCUAUCCUCUUGGGGAUGUGCCAACAUUUGGGACCAAGAAGAAGAAAAGGCGGCAGAAGUUCAACAACAAGCAUUCGUCGGAGUUAGCAGAUGAAUACCAAGAAUGCAGUAAUAAUAAUGGAUUCUAAUUUGUGGGUAUGUUAUCUAUUGCUUUUUCAAGAAGCAGUAUUGGCGUAGUUGCUUUCCACCAUAUUCUUGUUAGUUUGGAUUUUUAAGGUAAAUAUAAAAUCAAAGGCAGAAAGAUCAUAUGCUGCUUUGAUACCCUGCCUGAUUCGUACAUCUUGUUCCAUCGAUACUAAUCUCCCUCUAUUUAUUUUUCAAAAUAAAUCUAUAUUCAUCAACAUGUUAACUAAAAUCUCUUGUUGGAGAAGCAGUCGCUUCAUGAUUCCAGUUAUCCCCUUUUGUCACUAGCUCUGUUGAUUAACUAUAUGAUAUAAAUAUUUUUAUAUAUU